AUGACGGAAAAGGAGUUUAGAAAACUGUGGAACAGAUACGUCGGAGACGGCGGCCGGGUUCUCAGUUCUGAUCACUUGCUGAGCCAGUUGGGAGUCGUGAAUUCGAGGAACGCGGACGAUCACCGCUCUGCGCUGCUGUCGGCUCUGCAGAAAGUCUCAGGGAGCCACCGGAAUCCACAGCCACAAACAUCCAAAGCAGCGCCGUCCAAAAGGGCCGAUGAGCGGAAGUUAUCGCUGAGUAUAGAGAGAUGGCUGAAAGAAAACUUCAGGGAAGGAGCCCGGGCCAUGGCGGCCGAAUUCGGGGCGCUCGACCCGGAAAAAAAGGGCAAGGUAUCCAAAGACGAUUUCCUGACCGUCCUCGACAGAUUUAAUCUGCAUCUUGCCAAAGACCAGCUCGCCCAUUUUCUCGCUCGUUGUGGGAUUGAUGAGAGUUCGCCGUCUGUCAAUUAUCUGGAAUUCCUUCGGCGCUCGCAAUCGAGGAGUAAAAACGGAGUUUCCAACCAAAUCUGGGGCCACGGUGCUUACAGGUUGGAAAAUAGAAAUCCGUCGAGGUCCCGUUCGGCGUCCGGUGUUUUCGAAGAAAAACUCAUCCCGCUUCUCCACUCUGAUUUCGUCUCCCUCCUCCACGCUUUCCAGAGGGCCGAUCCUAAGCAGCUCAACGUCAUCAGCCAACAAGACUUCAGAACCAUCAUAGAACAAAAAUACGCCAUUAAAGUAACGGAGGAGGAGUUUGCAGGUCUGCUGGAAAAAUUACCAGUUGAUCAUCGAGGUGGAAUCAGAUACCUGGAGUUUAUGUCCAGAUUUGAUGGCAGUGAUGGUCGAUUGAGCCUGUUUGACGGCGGCAGGACGGUUCUAACAGAAUAUAGCAAAAAACCUAAUAACCCAAUAAAAACACGAGAUCCACAGAAGGGGAGAUCCGCGGAACAGGUACGGCUUUAA